AUGGCUCAACAGUACGGAGCUCGAUGCUCGUUGUGCGAUUUAGACGCGAUAAAACCGUUAUUGAGUAUUUUAUUGUUCAAGAAAAACGUCAUUCUUCGGUAUUUAGCCGCGGACACGUUACGUAACCUUGCACACUUGAAGAGGGGCAGAAAACUUAUUCGUUUAAGAGGUGGAAUCGACAUCCUGGUACGUAUAUACCACAGAAUUACGAAAAAUAUUUUUAAUAUUAUUAUCUUUUUUAAAACAUUAUAUUGAUCACAAAAUUACGCUUAUAAGGUGCACACGAUGGACACGUCAAAAGACAUACUAUCUAUUCCUGCUGCUGAAUUGAUUUCGAGAGACAGAAAGAUUGUGCGUCUCGUGAAGACUUGUUCCAGCAUUCUGAAUUUUUUAUGCAGAUCCUUGAAAAGUCAAGAAGCAUUAUGGUAAUUUAUAUUUUAUAGAUUUUAACAGUUUUAUAAUUAAGGGGGUUAGAGGGGAGAAGGGAUCUGAUUUUGUUUUUAAACACGAAGCCCGAAAUACAAGGUUAUAAAUACAGUAAAAUUUGGUUAAGAAUAUCAAGGGACCAGCAUAAGAGAGUGUCUUAAGCAAGGAAAGCGUCUUAUGCGGCAAUUGAAAAACAAUUGUUAAAAUGUCGAGUUUAUUUAUACAUUUGUAUUAUUAACCAUAUUUAUUAUUACUAUUAUUAUCAUUAUUAUUAUUCACUUUAUAAUGUAUAUUAUUUCAUUUUUAUCACUACCUACACGAACCUAAAGGUAUAAAUAUUGGCUAAAGAGCUGCACUACACUAAAGCGCUUUUUUCAUGAUACAUUUAAUCGUACGACAGGUUGCAUAACUUUGUUUGAUACGAUCUCACAAAUGAUUAUCGUAACGUGAUUGUUAUCACACAAUAUGACGCUUCUACCAAAAUGAUGAAUUGUAUAACUUAUAGUACAAUAAGUCGUUUAAAUGCGUGUGACAAUUCGCGUACUGCAAGUUCGUAUAACUAGUUCAUACAGUUGGUGUACGAUUAAUUGUAUCGUGUAUCGGACGCUUAAACCAUAAACACUCGUUAUUUCAGAACACGAUAAAGUAAAAAUAAAACGAUAAAUAUGGCUAGUACUCGUAUAAUGGUUACACUAUCGCCCAAAUACUAUAUAUAUAUAUAUAUAUAUUUAUCGUCAACUGCUGAUCAAAAGAGCGUCUUAUCCGAUUAUACAUAGAAAAGCCGAGCAUCUGAUGACUGAUCAGUUGGUUUUUACAUUAAUUAAUACGGGAAAUGUCUAGGCUCGAGUUUACUGUACUUGCACAGAUGAAAAAAAUAAAUGCAUCAGGAAUUAUUUUUCACGUCCACAUCCUCAAUAAUAGAAAAAUAGUAUGAUAAUCCUAUUAGAACUGUAUUUUUGGAGACCAUUGAAUUGGCUCCCGAUAUUAGGUGAAGUACUUCAUCGAACAUUGUAUUGGCUCCCAAUACAAUUUUGAACAAGCGGUUCUUAUAAUAUAAAGUGAUUCUAUAAAUAUAAAAGUGGAAAAAUUACGAGCGUUUAAUAUUUUUAGCGACGCAGUGCCAAAAAACUGCUAAGAAUUAUCUAAUCUUUAAUCCGAAAACGCAUUAAACAGUCACAACCAUCGUAAUUAUAAAGUUUAACAACUAAUUUCACUGGUAUCGUUAAACGCAGUACUCGUAGUUCAUCGCAAUUCAUCGCAGCUCGGUGCAAUUUGUUCACAAUUUGUACCUCUAUAGUUAUGUAUAAAAAUGUGUAGUGAAAUGGGAGAAUUUACCAUAAACCUCUCCAAAAUGCAUUAAAACACUUCAAAUGUCAAUUACCUGAAUUUUGGCUCAUUCAAUAGCUCCGGUGUAACCAAGAUUAUUUACCCCCGUUAAAUUUUACCUCCUCCCCUUGGUAAAUAUUCCCUGGUCAAAUUUUACCGGGGAUAAAUAUUCUUAUAUAUAAUAUAGUGAUAUUUUACCCCUAGAAUAUUUUACCAGGGUAGGUAAAAUUUCACGCGGUAAAUAAUGGCGGGUACACAAAACAAAUAUUUUUAACCUUCAUCGACAAUAUUAAUCGUAAUAUUAUGAUAUAAUAGUACCUAAAUAUGUAUGUUCAGGAAUUCCGGAUUUAUAAAUCUCCUGCCACAACUGCUGAACACGAGUAAUGGUGAAAUACAAAUAUCCGUUAUGAGUUCUGUAGCAGAAUGUUGUCGAUCGAGGCCGAACGUUGUAAGUAACAAAAUGGCCGAACUGUGCAAAGUGGCUUUGAAGGACUUGAUGCAAUUGCCAAGAAUUAUUGGGUUUAUGCUCGGUAAUUACCCCGAACUCGCUGGGAAAUCGGCUGAAAUUCUCCUCGGCAUGGUAGACGAUGAUCCUAGCAUAUACGACGUACUGUUGAAAAACGAAGGCGUUCAAGUCGUAUGCAAAGCUCUUCAGAAGUUUUAGUAAAUAUAUGUUGGUUUACACGAUGUAUACACUUUUUUGGGAAUAUUUGAAAUACGAUGUUGCGGGAAAAUGAAAUGUUAUAUGAUUAACUAUAUAAUUCAUUCAAAACCUUAUUUAUCAAUAAUAAUUAUUUGAUUAUACCGCCUAUAAUAGUUGUAAUACGACUGAUACUAGAGUGCCCUAUAGAUACGGACACAGGGGGGUGUUUUGGAUGCUCAAACACCCCCCGAAAUAUUUAGUUUAACCUAAUCUAACCUUUCAUAUGUUUAUUAAAAAAAAAGGUUCUAGUUUUCGAUAACUGAUUUUAAAAUACACCUCCCAAAACUUUUUUCUACGUAUGUCUCUGCUGCCCUAUAAUUUUACUAAAUCUGGAUGCUUUUACCACCAUAAUAAAUCUCUGGAAUCGUUUUGAUAUUAUUUAUACUUAAACGAAUAAAAAUAUAAAGUUUUUAAUGUAUAUGUUAACCUUUUAAUAGUAACGAAGAAGAGGCGCUGGCAUCGAUCAUACGUUUGCUGUGGAAAAUGUCACUCGAUGUAAAAUGUAGACAAGCCAUCGAACGGCAGGGCGUUAUAAAUGAUUUGCUGCAACUGUUAUCGUAUAAAUCGGAUGAACGGCAAAUAGGUACAAUCCGAGACGAUCUGAUCAACCAGGUGAUCGGUUAUUCGGCCGGUACACUGUGCGAACUAUGGAAAUGCGAGUCUUUGCGUUCCCAGUUAAAAUACGACGCUAUACCGAAAUGUUUAGAAUUACUCAAGUCAAGCUUGGACAGCCUGGUAUUGACUCACGUGUGUAACGCUUUGGCCAAGGGGUCUACCGAUUCAGAUUGCAUGGAUAUGAUAAAUGAGGCAAAUGGAUUUCGAUUUGUUGUCGUGCUACUGCCAUCUUUGGAAGUGUACGAGUUCGAUAAAUACGACGAUUUUUACAAACCCGAAACGAUUAUCGCAGCCGCCGAAUGUCUGACCAUGAUGAUCGUCAAUAAUCCGGUUAAAAUAAUAAUUUCAUAUAGUCACUAUCUGCUAUUUUUUUAUCUAUUUAUAAUAUGUACUAGCUAUCCAUCGCCCCGUCGUUAUCCGUGCUAUUUUUUUUUAAUAUUUACUUUUAUUUCCGUUUUGCUUUGUCCGUAUAAGUAUAUUGAACUAAAAAAAAAAGAGCUCAUACUGGAGAUGGGAUCGACCACUGUUGUCAGUGAGAAGUAGAGAAGGUAGGAUACAUAAGGUUAUUUCAUUUAUAUCUGUAAGCAACGAUAAACCAUUGUUUAACGAAAAACGAUAUAUAAUUUGAAGUAUCGUAUUUCUUUUUUUUUUUUUUUUGAAAUUUUCGUUUAAAUUUGAUUUCAAAACGCUUUUUAGUUUUGGCAAUAAUACCGUAAGAAAUUAAAUCAAAAAGGCAACAAAAAAAUGUGUAUUGUGAUUUUUCGAUUAAAUCAUUUUUCUGGUAGAAAUGUUGUUCGUGUUUUUAUAAAAUAAUGAAAUCGUGAAUUGAACGUUUUCCUACGUUUUUUUCAUCCGUAUUACCAUAGAUACCUGCACAAAACAGGGAUUAAACUAUGUAUCUACUAUAAUAACUCUAAAUUAUGAUUGCAUAAUAGUACUGUAGUUUUAAUUUUUUUAUCAAAGAUACAAAGAUUCAGAGAUAACGUUUUAGUGUUUUUACUUUUCACUUACCAAUCCAGUACAGUGCAUAGUUUUGUUUUUUUUUUCAUUCAUAUUACCAAGGUAGCCCAUUUUAUUUCAAUCCAAUAAAAGACCAGCAGAUAAUUAGAUAGACUCUUUAUUUUAAGUUGGUAUAGUUGUUAUGGCAUUUUAGAUUCUGGGUCUAGCGAAGAAUAUAUUGGAUUAACAAAGAUGUUUAUUAUAUUUUUUACGUGAAGACUUUUUCUUUCAGAAAGUUUAGUCCAAAUAUCAAGUAUAGCUCUUUUUUUGAAAGAAAAUGUUUUAUGGGUGGUACUUUGAAGGGCUCAUUUUUUAAAAUUCUCAUUAAUGUUCAAGAUAAUCAGGAAAAUCUAAAAAAAAAAUUAAAAAUAAGAUUGUUAUUGGCCAACGUUUUCAUUUAUUUUUUGUUAUUAUUAUUUUAAAUCUUUUUUUUAAACAAUCAUUAUUUUCAUAGAAACGUACAAUGUUGUUAUAAUUUUACCACAAUAUGACAUAUAUAUUGUCGAAAAGGCAACAUUAUCAACUGAACUCCGCUCAAAUUCGUUUUUUCGUUAGCAAUGAUCGUUGCUUACAGGUAUACAUUAAAUUCCCGUGGGUAUACUAUCAUGCCAACUUCCCUCCUACAUCAGCUAGUGGCUCCAUUCACGUGCGAAAUAUAUCUGUCAUUUUUAUUUCUGUUUUUUUUUUUCAUUUAAUCCGUGAUGGUCUAGAAUUCUACAAAGAUAAUUUAAUUUUUCUACCAAAAAUACCUAAAAUCCUUUGAUCCCCUAUUUUAUCUCCUUCAAGUUUUAUUUUCACGACCAAAAUUAGCCCAUAUUUUUCUUCAAGGUCACAUCUAUCUCUAUACCAAAUUCAUCAAAAUCCGUUCAGUAGUUUUUGUUUGAAAGAGUAAUAAACAUCCAUAAAUCCUCACAAAGUUCACAUUUAUAAUAUUAGUAGGAUAUUAUAUUUAUACAUGAUGUAAUUAGGAUCAAGAUAACUAUUACAAGGGAAUGUUCGACGCACUCUGUGAUUUGGCGGAUUUGUUGACUCAUAAAAACUUAGAUAUCGUAGCGGCAGCUUGUCGACUCGUCGAGGUAGCUGCCACUCCGUUUGAAUACAAUAUACACGUUAUGGCUGGAGCAGGAGCUAUAGAGAAUUUAGCUAAUCUUAUAUCUACGGUAAUGAUGUUAAAAUUUACGAAAAAAUCGAUGACAAAUCGAAUUCUGUUGUAUAGGAGCACACAAAAUUACGGGCCAAUCUUUGUAGAGCUAUGGGUAAAUGUUGUAGCGGAGGCUCGACCGCGCAUAUUUUGGGUUGCAAAAACGUUUUGGAACAGCUAUUAACGUACACUAAAUCCAAACAUCAAAUCGUUCGAGAUAACGUUCCUCUGGCACUUAGUGGAAUAUCUGAAGACCCACUGAAUUGUGUGAAAAUCGAAUCGCUAGGAUUUCUUCCGGUAACAUAAUAUUGUUCUUAUAACUAUUAUUAUUUUCAAUAAAAAAUCCAAUGGUACAAAUUCGUGUACAACUGAUACUUUACAGUUUCUGAAACAAGCCAUUACAUCGGAAAAUCGUGAAACAGCUCAAGCUGCGGCUGCUUGUAUUAGAAACGUCAGAAAGGUGUGCACAGCUAUCGGCCAACAUCAAGAACACAAAGUAUAA